UCACCAAAUAUCCUAAGAAUACUAUUUUUAGAACUGCAAUCCUAUUGGUCGAAUUCUAUUGGCCGAAAUUUUGAUCGUUCUUACCGUCAGGGUCAAAUACUUCAAUGUUACCUCUUAUUGGUCAUCUGGACGGUCAAUGUCAUUCAAAUGUCCUUUUCUAUUGGUCGUCCUAAAUUGUCAAUGUCACAGACGUUGAUGCUUUUUCUUAUUCGACCUUAGUGUAUAAAUACGCGCUAUCUGGAAGACUUAAUAAUUCCGUUUCCCCUGCCUACUUCUUCUGUUUACGACCCAAUAAACAUCUUCCUGCCACGGUGUUACGUUCUGAUUUCUAGGAGAUUUGGGAAAGCCUUUGGGUCGUUUUGUGAUAUUUGAAUUGGACGCCGUUAGGACUGAAGAUUUACGUAGCCGCGUUCACAACAAAUUUGGCGACGGGUUGGUGACUAAUUAUGGAUCCAGCUACAUUAGAAAAAUUGUUUGCACAGCAGCUGAAGCUGAUGGAGAUGCUUACUCAGACGCACAUCUCUUCUCAAGUCUCAUCUACACCAACAAUUCCUCAGUCAGUUGAUGGUAUGACCAGUAGUAUUUCUGAGUUUCUGUAUGAUCCUGACGCCAAUAUUACAUUUGAUACUUGGUUCAUGCGUUAUGAAGAUCUUUUCAAAGUUGAUUUUGCUGACAAAGAUGAUUCCUGGAAGGUGCGUCUUCUCCUUCGAAAACUUGGUCCGUCAGAACUGGACAAGUAUCGCAACUACAUUCUACCGCAGAACCCACGUGACAGAUCAUUCGAUGCUACGGUUCAGUCCCUCAGCAAACUUUUUGGGGAUCAGCAUUCUAUUUUCAAUACACGUUAUCGUUGUUUAAAACUAGUCAUGAAUGAGUCCGAUGACUUCUUGACUCAUGUUGGUAUUGUCAACCGCGAGUGUGAACGGUUCAAACACAGAUCCCUUACUGAUGACCAAUUCAAAUCUCUCAUAUUCAUAUGCAGUCUACAAUCACCCAAAUUCUCAGACAUCAGAACUCGAUUGCUUAACCGCCUCGAACAAGACCCAACACUGACACUCGAUGCUAUCGCUGAUGAGUACCAACGCAUCACCAACUUACAGUGUGACACCACUUUGGUUCAAUCUGGGAGCCAGGGUGGUUACGAAGUUCACGUUGUUCAGCAGCAGAACAAAUCUUCUAGAUCGAAAACCUUUGGUCGUUCGAAUGCCAGUUCUGAUUCUAAUCACUCAAAAUCAGCGCAUAAGAAGCCUCCCUCACCAUGUUGGCACUGUGGAGACUGGCAUUACGUGAAAUUUUGUCCAUUCAAGCACCAUGUGUGCAAUCGCUGUCAGAAAAUUGGUCAUAAAAGCGGUUUUUGCCAAUCAACCCAAUUCAUUUUCCGGCGAAAUUCACAGUCGCAGCGCCGUUAUCCCAGAAAGCCGUUGGCUGCAUCUAGGAGUUUAGCAGCAGUCUUUCACACCGAUGCUUCUACUCGACGCAAAUUUCUGACCCUCUCGAUCAAUGGUCAGCUGGUUCGAAUGCAGUUGGAUACUGCAUCAGAUAUCACUAUUCUGUCAGAAGAGACUUGGCGAACCUUGGGUCAACCACGCAUCAAACCAUCAUCGCAGAUAGUUGUCAGUGCCUGUGGGGGUCACCUUCGUCUUCGUGGUAAACUUGAUUGCUGUGUUUCGUUCAGAGAUACAACCUUCAAUGGAACAUGCUAUAUCAACAAGUCUCCUCACAACCUUCUGGGGUUAGAUUGGUUCGAAAAACUUGGUCUCGCUGAUCUUCCCAUCAAUACUGUCUGCAAUCAAGUAAAAACUCCUGCCGUUACACAACAGCAUGCUGCAGAUUUUCAAAAACGACUCACUGAACCGCUUCAGCCUGGUAUCGGACUGCAGCCAGUUGCCAUGCCUGAAGAAAAUGUGAUCUCAGAUAACUUGUGUGACAUCACCAUGCAUGUCAAGUCCCAACAUAAAGCAAACUGGGGUGAUGGAGAAAACCAUGAUACAAUAAACAGAAAAAGAUAUUCACGUGACUCCAUUCUUUCUUGUAAAUCUUCAAGCGUCGAAGUGAAGCUAGUAAAUGAUAAGGAUAUCAUGAAAAGCCUUUCAAAUACCAAAAGACCUCGUGAUCAACUAAGGCCAGGGGGAGAUAAAGAGAAAGGUAAAAUUACGAAGCGUCUCCCACUCUGUUUGCUGUUGGAUACUUAUCAAGUUCCGCCAAUACCUCCAACAGACACUAUCGAGUCAUCUACUCAAACAGAACAUCCUACAGCUCCAGGGAUUUUAUCUCCGAGGUGGUCGAAACGCAAGCGAAGAAAAUCAAGUAAUUUCAAGUAAACCCUCGGCUGUGUCGCUGUUAUUUUUUCUUUUUUUUUUUAUUCCAGAGGGAGGUGUUAGGAUAUUCACCAAAUAUCCUAAGAAUACUAUUUUUAGAACUGCAAUCCUAUUGGUCGAAUUCUAUUGGCCGAAAUUUUGAUCGUUCUUACCGUCAGGGUCAAAUACUUCAAUGUUACCUCUUAUUGGUCAUCUGGACGGUCAAUGUCAUUCAAAUGUCCUUUUCUAUUGGUCGUCCUAAAUUGUCAAUGUCACAGACGUUG